GAUCCGCACGACAAAGUUGCCACAACAGGAGGAGAAAAGACGCAGUAAAAAGUUUCUCUCCGCAGGGAUGGAUGCGUUUCACACCGCAGUUUUUCUUUUCUGUCCUCCAACGGCUGUUCGGGAAAAAACCGACUGGAUAUAAGGACCGUUACACGUGUUGGAUUUUUUCCACCUGUUUUUCUCAUUCUUUGGAUUGUUUCACUGAAAAUUAACACUACAAACGGAGCUUCGCUUGCGAACACAGAUUUUUUUUUUUCCCCACCCUUUUAAAAAUGCGUUUUUCUCCGCAGUCCCGCAAUUUUGCGUGGCGUGCCGUGUUUUUCUUGCUGGUUUUGAGAGUACAGAGAGGAUCUGGUGCGAACACAAAGACGUGUCCUCCUCCCUGCGCCUGUUUUGGGGAACUUUUGGACUGCAGUCGGCUGAAAAGGGGCCAGAUUCCACACACCAUCCCGGACUGGACAGUCCAACUAGACCUGAGCCAUAACAAAUUGCAGUUGAUUGACGGAUCUAUGUUCUCCAAAAUACAACAUUUGCGUGAAAUAAAGCUGAACCACAAUGAACUGGAGGCGAUACCGGAUUUGGGCCCUCACGUUUCAAACGUCACAACGCUAAUUUUAGCAAACAACAAGAUCACCAGGAUCUCUGUUGAGCGGCUGACGCCUUUCCACGCUCUGGAAACACUCGACCUCAGCAACAACAACAUCGUGGAUGUAAAGGCCAACUCCUUCCCGCUCUUCCUCUGAAGAACUUGUUUCUCAACAACAAUCGUAUCUCCUCGCUGGAGACGGGUUGCUUCUCCAAUCUGUCGGACAGCCUAGAGGUUCUGCGGCUCAACCGAAACCGCCUCUCCACCAUUCCAGCCAAAAUAUUUCAACUACCCAAUCUCCAAC